UCCACCAAAUUAGGACACUAUAUAAACCCCCAUCCUUCAGUUCCAACUCAACCAUCACAAAUUUCCCGUUUUUCCUCCACACUUAGACUCCUCAAAUUCAUAAAUGGCGCUUCGGCGUAUAUUAGCGAAACGUCUAAUUAACACCCUAAAAAUAGAUCCACUUCCAUCGGUUAAAGUUCUAGAACAUUCUAGAGAAAUUAAUCAUGCAGCUAGACUGCCUGAAUUUUUAUCUAUUCCGGUAGGUGAAAAAUUAAGAGAGAAAUUAAGGUCUAUGAACAAUAUUACCGGUGAAAGGAUUCGAUUUCAAGGCUUAGCUCCACCAGCUCCGGCGCCGGCGUUGACGGCGGAGAUGACGGUGAAUGAUGCGAAGAAGAUAUUGAAGAUAUCACAGUUGGAGAAAGUGAAAUCGAGACUUAGAGAGAUACCGAUGAACUCGAUUACGUAUGAUAAAUUUGUUGAGAUUUGUGGUGAGUUUUGUUUCAGUAGAGAACAGAGUUUGGAGUUUGCGAAAAUGUUGGAUGAAUCUGGGAGCGUCAUCGUUUUGGGUGACGUCGUUUUCCUACGUCCACAUCAGGUGGCAAAAUCAAUGGACAAAUUAAUUUCAGAAUCCAUAGCAACGCCAAACGACCCAAGAAGAAGAGAGCUAGAACAUAUGGAAAAGCAAAAAUCCCUAAUUGAUCAAAAAGCCCAAUCACUAGUUAAAGGCGAACUUUACUGUGGGCUGGGCUUUCUAGUCCUUCAAACACUAGGCUUUAUGAGGCUAACAUUUUGGGAAUUGACUUGGGAUGUGAUGGAGCCCAUUUGCUUCUUCGUAACCUCACUUCACUUUGCCCUUGCCUAUGGAUUCUUCCUAAGAACAUCAAUAGAGCCCACUUUUGAAGGGUUUUUCCAAAGACGUUUCAAAGUGAAGCAAAAGAAGCUCAUGAAGGUUCACAAUUUCGAUCUCGAAAAGUAUAAUAAACUACGAGAAGCAUUUUAUAACCAAUCAUGUCAUGGAUUCUCGUCGACUUCUUCGAUCAUGCAACAAGUGUAGUUUUUGGUACUUUGCAUGGUUAAGUGUGUAUAUGGAUGGUUUUCAUCAAAACAAGGGAGAGAGUAUAGGUAGGAAUAUAACGAUGAUGAUGAAAAUUUCGGAACGCUCGAUGUAAAAUGUGUUUGUUUUUCCUUCGAGUAUGGAAUGAGAAAUCUUUAGAAUUUAGAUAUCAAACUUGAUAUUAAUACUAGUAUUUGCAAAUCAUGUUUGAAAUAUAUGGGCGCAAAAUAGAUCAAUUAACUUGAUUUCUAUCACUU